AUGUUUUUACCCGUGUUGAUUGUGUUUGAUAUUCUGUCUUUCGCGCUACCAGAUAACGUAACAUACAAGUCUCGACCAGACUGCCCUACAACAGUGUUAGAUGCGACUAUUAUUACUAAAUCCGUCGAAGUAAAGAGUAUCAUUGCAUGUGCAAGGGAGUGCCAGAGAGACAAAAUAUGUUUGGCCUUUAACUUCCUUGAACCAAACAUUUGUCAAAUGAGUUCAUCAGAACUGGACAACACAUGUUCUAAUGGCUAUAAUAAUGUGCAUGAAAAGUAUUACCAGAGAGCGAAUAAUUCUGACAACGACCAAACUAUGACGACGACCACUGUACCGACCACAUGCUUGCAUGGGGGUAGCCUGGUAAACAGCACUUGUCAAUGUGUCAACGGAUAUAUCGGCUCUAAAUGUGAACGUCUUAUGGAAGAUUGUACAGAGGGUUAUCCCUACUACCAAAGCCAGUUCGGUACAUUCGAUAUACAGCCAUCGCUUUCCCCAAGUCCUAUCAAGACUUGUUGCUGGAUGGAUUACGACUUAAGGACUUAUUAUCAGUUACGUCAUUACACCACAGGUAUAUCAUUCAAUAGGAACUGGACCUCGUAUUCCAACGGCUUUGGGGAUAUCCAAAAUAUGGACUUUUGGUGGGGGAAUCAGUAUGCUUACUAUCUAACCAACAGCAGACAGUACAAUUUAGUUUUGCAAGUUUCUGGGGAAGACAAUAAUGAUAUAGGAAAUAUUGUUUAUGAAAACUUUGUUGUUCAAAACGAGGCCAGCAAUUACACUAUGACUUACUCUUCAGUGUACAUAAUUCCGGUCAAGGAUAUGAUCACGCUUGCAAUGAAUGACAGCAUGGAAUCUUCAAAUGGGUCCUCAUUUAGCACUUACGACCAGGAUAAUGAUAAUUCUGCCGGAAACUGCGCAUCUACUCACGGGGCAGGUUGGUGGUUCAAUAAUUGCACCGACUGUAACCCUAACGGCCAGUUGUGGCCAGGAGGAAAUUCAACCCGCGUUGGUGUCGAAAAUGAAUUCUUCUGGAACAAUGGCCUGUCUGGAUGGUCGGCUUGGGCAACAGCGCUUUGGUUUACUAGGUCAACAUAG